AUAUUGUUUUCAGGUGGUGCCGCCGCCUUUGCUUCUGCGGCUAUGUUGGGUCCACGUCUGGGGCGCUAUUCAGACGGCUAUGAUCCUCUCCCGCUCGGCAAUCCCGUGAAUGCAUGUAUGGGCCUGUUUGUACUGUGGUGGGGAUGGUUGGCCUUCAAUUCGGGUAGUACUUAUGGAGUGAGUGGUGCCAAAUGGCAAUAUGCCGCACGUGCCGCUGUUAUGACUAUGAUGGGCUCAUUCGGUGGUGGCAUCAUAAGUUGCGCAUACUCACUUUGGCGUCACGAUGGUCGCAUGGACAUCAUUGAUCUGAUUAACGGCGUGCUUGGCUCCUUGGUUUCCAUAACGGCUGGCUGUUUUUUGUAUCGUGCUUGGGAAGCGUUAAUUAUCGGAAUGCUAGGCGCACUACUUUGUGUUGUCGCAAUGCCAUUGUUCGAUCGACUAGGCGUGGACGACCCGGUAGGUGCGAGCUCUGUUCAUGGUGUUUGUGGAAUUUGGGGAGUCAUUGCUGUUGGAUUAUUUGCCGACAAUCCUGUUCCUCUCGAAACAACAAAAGGGCGUUCAGGCCUGUUCAAGGGCGGCGGAUGGUAUUUAGUAGGCAUACAGAGCUUAUCGGCCCUAUGUCUUGCCUGCUGGGGCAUCUGUUCAACAUUUCUACUACUCUAUAUUGUCAACAAAUUUGUACCACUUCGCAUGGAUCCCAAUGAAGAGUUGCUAGGCGCAGAUUUGAUGGAACAUCGUAUACGCCACUCCCAGAUUGGCUUAUCGCGCGCCAUCUCGGCACUGGCACCAAUUAAGGUGGAUCUCAACGAAUUCGCUGGUGUUCAGCCUAUUGGUCUUAAUCCCGGACAUGAGAAAAGUAUCGAACAAUUACGCGCAGCAGAUAAUAAAUUAUUGCAAUGGCAGCAAUAUCUCGAGCAAGUGAGUCCAGAUCUGCCCAAACAUGUGCAAGAACAAUUCGCCGUCGAAGAACAAAAUAUACUGAAGAAGAUUCACAAUUCAACCGAUAUCAAAGCACAAACUGUAGGAAAUAUUUUUAGUCGCAAACUUAAAUCAGUACAUAUCAGCAAGGAUCUGGAUCGUAAUGUACACACAGAAAUAACACAUGGGUUCUAUAAACCGAAGAAUAACGAAUUACCGGUG